AGGCGCGAGCAAGCGAGCAGGCAGGCAGCUGCCGGGGAGGUCUCCGCGCUGGCCUGGCUCUCAGAAGCUCCGGAUUUAGACACUCGCGAGGGCUGUCUUUUCAGCACCACAAGCUCGAACUGCGGAGGGAGGACUCCUUUCUAUUCUCCUCCUCUACAUAUUGGCUUGAAUUGGCUCUGACCCCCACGAGCGGAGCACAGUCUGGGAAGAAAAGUACAACGAUGGUGAAGCUGAACAGUAACCCCAGUGAGAAGGGAGCCAAGCCACCGUCGGUGGAGGAUGGCUUCCAAACUGUCCCUCUCAUCACCCCCUUGGAGGUUAACCAUUUACAGCUGUCUGCUCCGGAGAAGGUGAUUGUGAAGACAAGAACAGAGUACCAACCAGAACAGAAGAACAAAGGGAAGUUCCGGGUGCCAAAGAUAGCAGAAUUUACGGUCACCAUUCUUGUCAGCCUGGCCCUCGCUUUCCUUGCUUGCAUCGUGUUCCUGGUGGUGUACAAAGCCUUCACCUAUGACCACAGCUGCCCAGAGGGAUUUGUCUAUAAGCACAAGCGCUGUAUCCCAGCCUCUCUGGAUGCUUACUACUCAUCGCAGGACCCCAACUCCAGAAACCGCUUCUACACAGUCAUCAGCCACUACAGUGUGGCCAAGCAGAGCACUGCCAGGGCCAUUGGUCCGUGGCUGUCAGCAGCUGCUGUUAUCCAUGAGCCCAAGCCGCCCAAGACCCAGGGCCAUUAGAGGCCUACCUGGGCCAGGAUGGGGGGGGUGAUUGGUGGAGAGGGAAACUCCCCACUGGCUAAGCCAAGCUGGAGCUGCAAGACAACGCUGUACUGCUGUGGUGUGGGGUGGGGGCGGGACUGGAUGGGGUCUGGGGAGAACUCUCCAAACAUAUCGUGCACUGGAGUUGUCUGAAUCGAUAUUUCCUUUUGUCCUUUGGUAUUGUUGAUUCGUCCCCAAGUCAGGCUCAUGUACAAAGGCAUGUUUCGUGUUGGUUGUUCCCAUGUAAGAUAUUUCCAAAGCCACUGCUUAUUCUUUGUUAGGCAAACUUAGAAACAGAAAAGGAGAGCCAGAGAAAAAUGAGUAAAAAAAAAAAAAAAAAUUCACAGGCUCCAUGUGGAAGACACUGAAGGGCAGUGAAGAACACGGCCUCACUGAGUGCUGAGAUGAGACACCGUAGCUUCAGCGUGGGCAUCGGAACGAGUGUGUGGCACAGGCUGGGGUGACGGGGCUUGCCUCUGACGUGCUGACAGAAGCACAGGAAGACAGGAAGGCUGAGUUGGAGAGAAAGCGAAUGUUGACAUUUCUUAGCCAGGGAUGCACUGAGGAGCACUCUCUGGAGAGUUUUCAAGUUGAGCACAAGUGUUGGGCGGUGGUAGGGGGACAUGGGCAGCCCACGAGGCCAGAGCUCCAAGUGCUGAUUGUGUGGGUGUGGCGUGGGGUCAGCAAACACAGAUCUAGGUAGGUGUUAUGUUACACUUCUUUUCUCAGUUGUACACCUGGAUGCUUAUGAGAUGGUAGGAAUGAGGAGCGAGAGAAAAGAGGAGAGGCUGCAAGAGAGAAGAUGCAGGUCAGACAGGUAACCCAGGGCCAAACUAGAAGCAUAGGCACUUGCUUUUGAAACGUUUCUGUUUGUUGUUUUCCGAUGUGCUACCAGCAACAGUAGUAACAGUUGGACUAUAACCGGGAAACUCAAGUGUAACAGCCAAGAGGAAACAAAGAUUGAGCCUACAACCUGACAGGCCAUUUCUAAAACGAAGUUGAAAACGGUGACUCUCUUUUGCCCACUUCAUUGUGUUGAAAGGGGACAUGUGUCCAAAUUUCCCAAGUUCUAGAAGCUCCUGACCAGGAGGCAGUGUUCAGCAUUGGUCGUGCCUCCCACUCCAUGGAACCCUGUUGGGGUCCCCUCACUUGUCACUAACAUUUCAGGGAGGCCUGUUCUGCAGAGGUCCUGGCUCUAGGCCUAACAGGGCCAGAAUUGGCUCAGAGGAUUGUUUAUUUAAGUUGUGUUACUAUUUUCCAACGUGUCUUGAACAGGCCAUUUAAACAGGCUUGCUAUGUUGCUGACAUCACUGUACACAACAACUGGGUAUAAGACUAGUCUAGCUCAAACCACCCUGCCAGUGUUCUCAUCUGACAUCUCUUCUCCCUCCCCCAUCCUCCCAUCACCUUGAGUCACCUGUAAAUUCAUUUGUCAUCUGAAGCAGAUUAACAAAUUGUCCCUAGCAAAACCACAGAGCGCUUUCUAAUUUUGUGGUGUAUUUUUGUCAGUAGGUAGCAGAGGCUGAAGUAUUUUUUUUGGUGUAAUCCUUGAAAUUUUCUGACAGGAAACAAAUAAACAUAGAUGUGUCUGAGA